GAUUAAGAGUUUGAGCCAUGGCUGAAAUCCAAGAAUACAUUAUUUUCUUGCUCAUUUGGCUUAUUCCCACCAUCCUGCUCCGAGCAUUUGUCCAAAAACGGUCUUCUCCACGCCUUCCUCCCAGCCCUCUAGCUCUGCCGAUUAUUGGACAUCUUCAUCUUCUUAGCUCAAUACCUCACCAAGCUUUCUUCAAAAUCUCAUCGCGCUAUGGACCCUUGAUUCACUUAUACCUUGGUUCUGUUCCUUGCGUAGUUGCUUCAUCGCCUGAGAUGUGCAAAGAAUUCCUAAAAACACACGAAAUUUCUUUCUUAAAUCGACCCAAAACAGUUGUGUCCGACUAUGUGACGUAUGGCAGUCAGGACUUGUCAUUUGCACCUUAUGGAGAUCAGUGGAAGUUCGUGAAGAAACUGUGUAUUUCUCGGCUUCUUGGCUUACAGACACUUGACUUGCUGCAGCCUAUCAGGCGCCAAGAAAUAAACUACCUAAUUGAGCUUUUGUCAAUGAAGGCGAAAGCUGGCGAAUCGGUUGCUAUUGGAAGUGAGCUUAUUAGAUUGUCGAACAAUGUAAUAUCAAGAAUGGUGCUGAGUCGACGGUUGUCCGGAGAUGAAAAUGAGGCUGCGGAAAUGAAGGAACUGGUCCGAGAAAUCACUGCUCUUACAGGGAAGUUUAAUUUGUCGGACUUCAUUUGGUUCUGCAAGAAUUUGGAUGUGCAGGGAAUUGGAAAGAGGUUGAAAGCGGUUAUGGGAAGGUUUGAUAAAAUGUUGGAGAAGAUCAUAGAGGAACAUCAAAGUGAAAGAAGGAAAUUCAAUCAGAGAAGUAAGGAGGGCGAAAUUGCAAAAGAUCUGCUUCACAUUUUACUUGAUAUAGCUGAAGAUGAAAGCUCAGAGAUGCAACUAACAAGAGAGAACAUCAAGGGUUUUAUCCUGGACCUGUUUGUAGGUGGAACUGAUACAUCAGCAAUCACAAUAGAGUGGACAUUAGCAGAGCUGAUAAAUCAUCCUAAAAUCUUGCAAAAAGCAGUUCAAGAAAUCGAUUCUGUUGUAGGGAAGAAUAGAAUUGUCGAAGAAUCAGACAUCCCCAACCUCCCCUACCUUCAAGCUAUUGUAAAAGAAUCACUAAGGAUUCACCCAUCAGGGCCAAUAAUUGUGAGGGAGUCAACUGAAGACUGCACCAUUUCCGGGUACCAUAUUCCGGCCAAAACUCGACUAUUCGUCAACGUUUGGGCUGUCGGGAGGGAUCCUAACCACUGGGAAAACCCGCUGGAGUUUAGGCCAGAAAGGUUUCUUGCCGAGGAUGGGAGUGCGAAAGGGCAGUUGGAUGUUAGGGGACAACAUUAUCAACUCUUACCAUUCGGGAGUGGUCGGAGAAGCUGCCCCGGAAAUUCAUUGGCAUUGCUUGUUGUUCAGACAGCCUUAGCUUCCAUGAUUCAGUGCUUUGAUUGGAAGGUUGAGGGCAUUGUGGACAUGGAGGAGGCGCCGAGCAUGACCCUGCCGAGGGCUAAUCCUCUCAUAUGUUUCCCAGUGCCCAGGCUCAAUCCCAUUCCAUCACUGUAAUCUACAUUACAGAACUGGUGGAAGUCUAAGAGACAGGAAGAAAACAUCUCUACUUGUUUUAAUGAUGAUGAAUAAACAUUCUGUCGCGAUUCUUGAACGACGUCUGUAUCUGUUGUGUAUGGUUGAUCGUCUGUCUGUUGAUCAUCAAACUGUCACUUGUAUUUCUAUAUUUUACGAAAUAUAAUUCUGAAACUAGACUCCCACCUUGGGUUGUCAAUUAUUGGGCAAAAUUGCAUUUUUAGUUCA